AUGGCCCCAUCUCUCGAAGAACCGCUUUCUGAGGCUCUUGAAAUCCCCCUCAAGUCCAAGCCUGAUCUUGUCGCUCCAGAACCGGAACACUGUCCUGGUCCCGAAUCCGACCAAGCAGGUCAAGGUGAUGCCUGCAAUGGCUGUCCAAAUCAAGCCAUCUGCGCGUCUGCUCCCAAGGGUCCCGAUCCGGACAUUCCUCUCAUAACCGAACGCCUCGCUGGAAUAAAACAUAAAAUACUGGUUCUGUCAGGGAAAGGAGGAGUGGGCAAAUCAACCUUCUCGUCCCUUCUGUCGCAGGCCUUUGCUGCCAAUCCGGACUCUACAGUUGGAAUCAUGGACACCGAUAUCUGCGGGCCUUCUAUACCCAAGAUGAUGGGCGUUGAAAGCGAAACCAUCCACGUCAGCAACGCGGGUUGGAGCCCGGUGUGGGUGACGGAUAAUCUUGGUGUUAUGAGUGUUCAAUUUAUGCUACCCAACCGAGACGACGCAGUGAUAUGGCGCGGCCCAAAGAAGAACGGACUUAUUAAACAAUUUUUAAAAGAUGUCGAAUGGGGCGAUUUGGAUUAUUUGAUCGUGGACACACCUCCAGGCACGUCGGACGAGCACCUAUCGGUCAAUUCCUUCUUGAAAGAGUCAGGCGUGGACGGGGCCGUGGUGGUGACCACUCCCCAAGAAGUCUCGCUAUUAGACGUACGAAAAGAGAUUGAUUUUUGCCACAAAGCUGGGAUUCGGAUUCUAGGACUGGUUGAAAACAUGUCUGGGUUUGUGUGUCCGAACUGUACCCACGAGUCUCAGAUCUUCCGCGCAACAACAGGAGGGGGUCAAAAGCUGUGUGAAGACAUGGGCAUUCCUUUUCUUGGGGCGGUGCCUCUUGAUCCCCGGAUAGGAAUGGCAUGCGAUUUUGGAGAGAGCUUCCUGGACAGCUUCCCUGACAGUCCUGCUUGCAAAGCAUUGCGACAAGUGGUGAGGUCGGUGGGGAAGUUAAUCGGAGAGGAUCCUGAUGAAGUUCUUCCGGACGGGCCGAUAUAG